UGUGAAAGAGUUAUCCCAUUUCCCACUGUUCAAACGAGCAGGUCAAUAAAUUUGCCUUACAAUCUUAAAAUAUCUAUCUUAUUUGGGGUAAGAGGAAUGUAAAGAGGAAGUCCCCACGUCAUAUCUUUAGGCCUACUUGUCAGCGCAGAUCUCCCGCCAGACUCAUUACUAGCAAGUUGAUUUAAGAGCUAUGGUACCUCAGAAAGCUGGCGAUUGGCCAAACUGAUCAGUUGCCAUGAGUUGGGAUGAACAUGGGGAAGACCAGAUGGCCUGCGAGUUGUACUUGAGAGAGAUGGCCAACUGUGUUGAAGAGGAUUUCCUACCACCAAACACCUCAAGGAAGGUGGAAAGUGGGAAGAAAAAAAAGAAAAAGAAAAAACGAAAACAUGAAAAGGUUAGAAACCAGGGAGAGCCUUCACUCUGUCUCAGCUUCAGUCCAGACCAUCACCCAAGGAGGUUAAUUGAUACAGAGAAAAAGAAAAGAAAGCAUAAAAAGAAAAAAGAUGAAUCAGCUUUAAAAGACAAAUUGGUCCUGCAACAAAGCAAUGUAUCACCUGAGUUAAAAAUGUACACGCCCUGUCAUGAGGUAGUUGCCAAGAGCAUCACAGAUCACCCAAUCAGGCCCCAUGCACUUGAAGAAGUUAGCAAGCGUGCACCAAAGGCUGUGAAAUGUGUUAGUCAAGAUCAUGGCAAAGCUCGACUAAAAAAGAGAGUUCUCUUUGAUUUGUCACCAAAGGGCUCAGUAGUUAAAGCAUACCGUGAUGCACCAGAAUUUGCCGUUUCCAAGACCAAAUCUAUUUGUCCUGGUGAGGCACAUGAAACAUAUGCAUCUAUACUCCAAGGAUCCAAGCCCUGUGAGGAAUCCCAGGACAGCGCUGAAGGCAUACAUAGCCAGGAUCUGUUCAUAACACAGAAUACAUUUUUAUCUCCAUCGCUAUUCCCAGUGCCCAGUGAUGAUGAAUUGACAUCAACACCUGAGCUUAAACUACCGUCACGGCAACAGCCAUCUCAAGAGCUACUAGAAACUGUUGCGUGGAAGUCAACAGCUGAAAUGGCCACUCAGACAGAGAAUUUCUUCACAUCUCCAGAACGCUCAACCUUCCUCAAUUUUCAAUUCAAUACAUUGACCAAAUGCACUGAGCAACCUGUUGACCUGAGUUUGGCCGACAGACAGCGAGGGCAGACGAGUAUGAGCACGAGAGAGGAGAGUGACCUGUAUCAGCGUAGCAAAACAGAUCUUACCCAGCUCAAAGUUGUGCAAAUGCGUCUCAACGAAUCAUUCUUUUUCAAGAUGAAAGGAGAGAAAGAGUCCCCAAAACCACUAUGCCCAUUAAUGAAACUUAAAGAGGACUAUGGAAAGAAAAAGAAAAAGUGAACAUUGACUAUUGUUUAUGGAUAAGCUUGACGUCUUAUAGACCAGUUCAGGCCAGAAUUUCACAAUCAACAUGUUCAGCUUUUGUUUCAUGGCCUUCAAAUACAGGGCCUACUUUUAAAUGUUAAGUCUACCUUGAUUUUGAGUCGUUCAUCAAAUUCAUGUUGAUGAGUUUAUGCCCUUUUCCCCUCGCUUACAAUUCAAAUUGAUUUAAUGAUUUUUGUUAAAAAAAAGUUGGCUGUAUGGUAUUUGGCACAAAUUAUUUGCUACAGUAAUAAUAAUAAAAGAACACAUUUAUUGU